UUCUAAAACGAGCAUUCCCUUCACAAUGUACAGCCGAGAUCCAUAUAGUGACACAACAGUGGGUGGACAUUAAAAAAAAUGUAACUUUUUUGUUGUUGUUGUAAUUAACCAAAACCAAUAUAAGUCCGUCUAACCAUAUAAGGUUCGAAAUCUUAGGUUAGUCAAAUGAUGCGAACUUUCGGUGUUGGAAGUCUGUUUCGGUUGUCCGAUCAAAGUGUUGCAAACAUCAGCAACGUAGCGGACAUGAUGGCCGGGGUUCGGUCCGGCUCGGUCGGUCGCCACCUCCAGAUGUAAAAAUGCGAUGGCGGCAGACGGAAACGACGGCGGUGGCGUCGGUCCGACAACAUGGAAGACGUCUCGGCGUCGCGAAACGGUUAGGGUGGGGAGUGGGAAGCUUGCUGCGCGUUGACUGGAGGGAGACGGCGAGUGCGAUGGAGGCGGGGGAAGAAUCAUCUCUGCGGGGACUGGAGCCGAGGACCGACGGCGCAGUACUGGCGAUCGUUCAACCCUCCCCUUCUUCCUCCACAACGACGCCGAGAAGCAGCUAGGUAAGCCGAAGCCGAGCCACCCCCCCCACCCGCUCGGUUCGAAACGCGAUACGAUUGCGCCACACGAACGAGUGACUUAAAUUCGCCAAUUUGACCGUAAAUGUUGCAUUUUAAUACGUGUGAAAAACGCGGCUCGGUCGACGGCCUCCCCUUUGUACUCAACCAACGACGCUGGGAAGGGGAGGACGAGGUCGGCCAUAGCCGUAUUUCUUAUCCUCUGCGGCUGGGAGGACAGAGAGAGAGACUUGUGGAGGUAACUACAUGUUAAAAUGAAAUUCAAGUGGUGGAUUAGGACAUUUCCUCCUCGUCGGAUAUUUAUACAUUUUGGGUUUCGGGGGGUAGCUCGCAGUUCUUUCCGCGCCGAGACCUCCAUGCGGCAGUUGGCAGAACAGCCCGCCGCUCCUCUCGGUUAGCCAUCAGGGAUCUUGGUUUAAUAUCUCGCCGCCCUUUCUCUCUCCAUUCUCUCUCCCCGACCAGCCACGGACUACCGACUACCGACUUCCUCGUCGUCGCUUUUUGGCUCGACUAAAAGGAGCCCCGCGACGCCUCAGGGUUUUGAGCCUCGUUGUCUUUUUUCUUCUUUCCCCGGCCGGCCAUUUGGAGCUUGUGACGACUAAGAAAAUAAUAACCCACAAAUGAAUGGAGACAUGGAGGCAACAUCCCAACACCAAGUGUGGGCGCAGGAUGACCUCCUCCAGUUGCUGGAGUCCAUGAAGUUGGCACUGCCGCAGAAGGACCUGACCAAGUACAAGACUUCAGAGUCCCACCUGGACUGGCAGAAGGUGGCCUUUAACUCCUACACGGCUGAGAUGUGCAAGCUGAAGUGGCAGGAGGUCUCCAAAGAGAUCCGUAAAUUCCGGACCCUCACAGAGCUGAUAUUUGAUGCUCAGGACUACAUCAAGAACCCAUAUAAAGGGAAGAAAAUAAAGAAACAUCCAGAUUUCCCCAAGAAGCCCCUGACGCCCUACUUCCGCUUCUUCAUGGAAAAGCGGGCCAAGUACGCAAAGUUGCAUCCAGAAAUGAGUAACUUGGAUCUGACCAAGAUCUUGUCCAAGAAGUACCGUGAACUCCCGGACAAAAAAAAGAAAAAAUAUGUGGAGGACUUCUUAAGGGACAAAGAGGUGUUUGUGCACAGCAUGAUGAGGUUCAGGGAAGAACACCCGGAUCUUAUGGAGAGCAUGACCAAGAAAGGCUCAAAUGUUCCAGAGAAAGCCAAAACGCCCCAGCAGCUGUGGUACAACCACGAAAAGAAGGCUUUUCUCAAAGGCCACCCAGACGCCACCACCAAGGACAUCAAGGACUGCCUCGGCAAACAAUGGACGCAGUUGUCGGACAAGAAAAGACUCAAGUGGAUCGCCAAGUCCCUGGAACAGCAGAAGCAGUACGAGGAAACAAUGCGCCAGUACAUCCAACAACAUCCCGAGAUGAACCUGACGCAGGGUGACAUUGUCAGGUCCACGCUUACCAAAGCCGAGAGGCACCUGAAAGACAAAUCUGACGGGCGUCCUGACAAAUCUCCACCGAACGGUUACUCCAUGUUCUGCGCUGAGCUGAUGUCCAGCAUGAAGGACGUGCCCAGCACAGAGCGCAUGGUGAUGUGCAGCCAGCGCUGGAAGCUGCUCAAGCAGAACGAGAAGGACGCAUACCAGAAGCGCUGCGAACAGAGGAAGAAGGAGUAUGAAAUUGAGAUGAACAGAUUCCUCAGCAGUUUGUCUGAGGCGGAGCAGCAGAGAGUCCUGUCCGAGGAGAAGGUGGGCCCUAAGAGGGGAAACGUGGCCAACAGCCCCGCGUCCAAAAAGAAGAACUCCAAAGCUAAGGCCAACCCGGAGAAACCCAAGCGGCCCAUCUCGGCCAUGUUCAUUUUCUCUGAGGAGAAGCGUCCCAAGCUGCACCAGGAACGUCCGGAUCUCUCUGACAGUGAGCUUACGCGGAUGCUGGCGCGCAUGUGGAACGAGCUGCCGGACAAGAAGAAGGAAAAGUACAAACGACUGGAGGCGGUCCUGAAGGCCGAGUCAGAGAAGAAGGAGGACCGCAGUCUGCCCGACCCGCCCAAGACUGCGCAGGACAUCUGGCAGCACAGUGUCAUCGGAGACUACCUGGCCAAAUUUAAGAAUGACCGUCCCAAGGCUCAGAAGGCGAUGGAGGCUACAUGGAGCACCAUGGAGAAGAAGGAAAAGAUCAUGUGGAUUAAAAAGGCAGCAGAAGACCAGAAAAGAUAUGAGGUGAGACGGCGGUGCGCUGGCCUCAGCCUGGUCGCAGCUUCUGAUGCGACGGCCACUCACCACCAUUUUGUCUGUGGUCCACAGAGAGACCUGUGCGAAAUGCGUUCGCCCGUCGCCACCGCCGUGGCCUCAGGGAAGAAGAUGAAGUUCGAGGGUGAACCCAAGAAGCCCCCAUCAAACGGGUACCAGAAGUUCUCUCAGGAGAUGCUGUCCAACGGCGAGCUCAACCACCUGCCCAUGAAGGAGAGGAUGACGGAGAUCGGCAGCCGCUGGCAGAGGCUGCCUCUUAAGGACAAGGACCGCUACAAAAAGAUUGCUGAAGAGAUGCAGAGGCAGUACAAAGUGCUGCUAGAGCAAUGGCUGGCUAGCGUAUCUUCUCAAGUCAGGAACUCCUACAAAGAGUACAACUCUCAGAAGAGGAAAACCCCAGUGAAAUCAGGAGGCCCCAAGGCAAAAGUCAAGAAAUCCGACACUGAAGAGGAUGACGACGACGAUGAUGAUGACGACGAUGAUGAUGACGAUGAUGAAAAGGACAGGGCUUCCUCUGAAGCGGCCUCUUCCAGUGAAGAUGACGAUGAUGACAAGGACGAUGAUGAGGACGAUGUGGACGACAAGGAGAACAAGUCCGAAGACAGCAGCAGCGAGUCCAACUCGGACGGCUCGUCAGACUCGGACUCUGACUGAGGGACGGUGGCGGCUGCGAGGGGGAGCGGGGGGCGUGACCGCCGUAACGACAAGACAGACCAAGCUGAGCCACGGGGGUUCAUUCAGGAGGGGGGAGCUCUGCCACUGUGCCAACCCCUGCCAACACCUCCUCCAUUUCACACCCCCCCCCCCCCACUUUUGUUGUUGUUCUCUUCUGCCCCUCGCUGAGUUUUAGUUGGACUCGCAUCCCACUGGUUUGGCGAUGUUCCGAACUGACACACGCUUUUUUUUGUUUUUUUUUAAAUUUUGUUUUAAUACAAUGUUGCCCAUUUUAUUUGAUUGUUCCGCAGGGACGAGCCAGGCUUCUUACAGCCAAAGAACACAACGACCGGGUGGGACACUCUUAAGCAGGAAGAAGGGGUGGGAAGGAUGCGAGGGUGUUUGUACUGGAAAAAUUGCACUCUUAAGAAUGUUUCCUUGUUCAUACUUUUUUUUCCCUCUCUCUUCUCUUUCUCUGCUUCUGAUUUUAUUCCGUUCAGUUCUUAAAGAGGUGGUAUUUUUUCAGAUAUUAAAAAAAAACAAGAAGCCAUGAUGAAUGUUUUUUGUUGUUGUUAUUGUCAUUGCUGGGACGUCAUUUAAAAUGCUGCAGUGCACAUAUGUUUUGAACACCCCUUUUUUUUGGAUCAGAUUUGGCAAUUGAUUGGGCACCAUUUUAUGAAUUGAAACAGAGUUCCGUAGUUGCAACACUUGGCAUCGCGCCUCCUCACAAAUAGACAUUUCCAUGCAGUGUGUUACAUUUGUAAACAAAGAAAAAAAAGAUUAAUGGGAGGGUGUUUAAAUGCUUUUUUUUUUUUUUUUUUUUUUUUUAAAGAGGCACUGCACAUUUUAUUUGAGGUUCGUUGUUCAUUUUCUGUCCAAACAACAAAUAAACCAGUUUGUUGUGCAACAUUCACGAUGUUCCCUCCACAAUUGUUUUAUUAAAAAAAAAAUAUUUUAUUGGCUCAUUAUAAUGGUAUUUGAUGCUUGUGACCUCCCCUAAAAUCUGCACUUAUUAGUAGAUGAUGACACAAACUACAUAAUGAAUGUACAUAUGAGACAUUUUUGCUUGGUGAUGACACACGCCAUGACUGACAUUAGUUACAAUAUUCUGUUUGUGAGGGAUUGACUUGUGACUGAAGCAAAGUAAGAAGGGAGGGAAAAGCUUGUAUUAUUCUUGUAAAUAUUUUAAUUUUUUAUGGAGUGUUUUUGUUUUCCUCCCUGUCGCUUGGUUGUUUUGUUUUACUUUAGAGGGAGAGAUGUUUAAAAAAGCAAAAAAAAAAAGCUUUACAAGUUUGUACUGCUGAACAUUUGAGAAAAACAAUAUUGAUGUUUUCUAUAGCGGAGGGUGUUAUUAAGAUGAUGUCCUUGUAGUUCCAAGUAUUUGGGCAAAUAAACAAUCUUGAACAAUU